AUGUCCGGUUCACAGCUCGACAGCACCGCCUCGAGUAACGCGAUGUCAUCCACUGCGGUUUCCUCGACUUUCGCCGCGUCAUUGCCGCCGAUCCGGUCGUUAUCAGCGACGAUAACGCCGUCCUCAUUGGCGGUGUUGGCGCAGCAGCAGCAGCAGCAGCAGCUCGACUUACCGCUAUCACCACACCGUGCUCCUUUUCACCAUAUCGACUCCACCGCUGAUGACCCGCUCGGUUCCGAUCGAUUAUACACCCAGCGAAGCAACUGUGCACUGCUGGACGCCGUUCAUCAUGCCAAGGCCGCAUCGAAGCCGAUGCUGCAUGUCGCACAGCAGGAGCGCCGCGCCAGUGAUUCUGAUUCUUCCUCCUCUUCCCCUCCCGCCACAGUAGCGCGGUUGGCGAGCCAGAGUGUCGACACCACCUACUCCACUUUGUGCGUGGACCACGAUGAUGCAGCAGCCUACGCGAAGUCUUCUUCAAGCACCGCAAGAGCAGCGACGACCUCCAUGCACACCGUCGAGGCUCGUGCAUCAAGAGAUGGACUGCCGGCCCAACCAACGCAGGAUCAGUCACACUCAGAGUGUAAUGUCGACUCUGCCGCUGCGCAGGCCCGCACAAAGACCCCAAGCGACUCCACGGCUGUUGGCACAUCUAACAUCACUUCCUCUACGAUGACUGUCCGCUGCAGUGGCAUCGCGGCAGACGCAACAACGGUUCCGAUCAUCGCUACUCAGCACAGCCCUUCGUCUCUUGUCAAUGCGAGCAGUGACGCAUCACCCACCCCAACCAGCAUGGGAAGCCAGGCGCCCUACUCGCCACUCAAGCCAACGUCGAUCUCCCUGCAACCGGAGGCGGGCGCAAAAGGCACGCUCAAUACCACAUCGCGGGACUCUGCAGAGCAGCCGCCCAGCGGUGAUGGGGGCCUGACAGCGAUGACAACGACGUCGACCGCCACCAGCACGAGCACAGCGGCAAAUGCAUUGCCUCUCCCGAUGCCGUGCCCCACCAUAGAGGAGCCCAAGACAUUAUUGCCGUCUCGAGCAGAGCCGCUGAUGUUCCUGCCGGGCGAUGACUCACCGCAAAGUAACUCCGCAGCGACGUCAGAAGCGGCAGCAGCCCCGUUAGCGCCGCGCCGUGAAAAACGACGUCCACCGUCGCUGUUUGCAGGCUUACCGAUGACGGCGACAUAUUCAACCGUCGCCAUCCGACCUGUGCUGAUCCCGCCAGCUGUUGGCAGACUGGAGGAUCGAUCACUCACGCAGCCAGCGGCUGCCUUGAUGCAUCCGUGCGCGGCGCAGGCAAUGCCGCCGACCUCUCCUCCCCUUCAAACCAACCAGCUUCUGCCCAGACAGCUACAGCGGCUGUCGGCGCCUCCGCUGCGCACGUCUGGCUGGCUCAGUCCAUUAUCCGGUGACCUCGUUUCAUUGACGUUACCGACGAACCACGACGAUGCCGGUGGCGAGAGGGACACCAGUGAAGGGCGGCUGAGCACGUCGGUUACCAGGCGAGAGAUGGACGGGCUGAUCGAGGCACCGCCGCCCAUGAAGCUCGCCAUCCCUGCGCCUGCGCCUGUGAAGCAGUUCGCAGCCUUCUUGCCCAUGACCUCACCACCGCUUCGAUUCAGCCGGACAACCUACCCGAGCGGGACUCAGCAGCCCCGAGCCGCGUAUGAGAGUCAAAAGAGCCUCAGCGGCAGUGGCUUCUUUACUGGUGACACCAGUUCAUCGAUGGCGGCUCACUGCAGUGCGGUUGAGGCUACUGCCCCGGCAGCCGCCACACCAGGCUCUACGCCGCUGAGUGCGACGGUGAACCACUACGGACCUCUCUACACAGGCUACACGUCCGCGGCCGCUAGGAGUGAGGAUGGCGGGCUUGGUGGUAUUGCCACAUUGAACACGACACCCCUAGUAGGCUACAGCACCUUGGGCGGGUUUGCCAGCCGACUUCAGCCGCCAUCCGCAGGGCGUCUACAGGUGACUGGCAUGAGUGGUGGGGUUCCCGCUGCUGCCAGGGUCCUGUCGCCUCUUUCUCCGGCAGCUGCCGUGGCAGCUCCCAAAGCGCGCCGCUGCCCACCGCCGCCGCUGCUCUUUCGUCUUCGUUCUCCAGUCGGUCCAGCGUCGCUCAACACCAUUUUCAGUGCCAACGAUAUCAACGGCGACGUGGCCUCUCCUGGAUCAGCAGCGCCGUGCUCUACAACGAGCCAAGCAGUCAAUUCAGCUACCGCUGCUGCUGCUACCAGCGCCGGUGCCUCCUCCUCAGUGCUGACCACUCCUCCGCUGAAUCCGCGGCCCAUGACAAUAACCAUGAACAGUGGCAGCACAGCCGACUUGGUGAGCACCAUGGCGGAUCAAGCCGCGCGUGGAGGCGGCUGCAACCCCUCGGCCAUGCCCGCUCGAUGGGGCCCUCUCCCCCGCCCUCACCACGGCAGCCUACACCAGAACUUGAAUACCUUUCCCCUUAGCACUCGUAGCGGCAGCGCUGGUGGCCCCCUCGUGCGCAUUUCACAGGAUCGUCGCACCCUCGUCGCAGGGCUGUUCCGUGUGUCGCCGGACGGCUGCCUCACAGUGCGCAACAUGCUUCUCCUCAACCCGACCCGUAUCGACGCCGGCAGCACGACUGGCAGAGCGGGCGGGCCAGGCACCUAUGAGAGUUUUAUGGGCAGCACUGCAGACAGGACUGGCACUGGUGGCGGCGGGAGUCUACCGCUGCAGCUGCUGCACCCUCAACGAUCGAUGACCAACUACUCACCCUUGAGCAGCAACGGCGGCCUCGCGGGACGCAUGCAACUGCUUGGACCCGGCGGCGGCCUCGACCUCGGGGGUGGUGGGGGCGUUGGUGGCAGCGCGGGCGGACUAGGCCCCAUGACACCGAGCACAACCGUCUCCGACUGGUACUCGCCUAGCCCGUAUCACGGCGGCGGCGGGUGGACCAACAGACGGAAUACACUCAGCAACAACGGGGCUGGCGGAGGCAUCAAUACCGCGACGAACGCGUCUUUCACGCUCUUCUCUACCAGCAUGGAUACACCGUUCAGCCCAAUCAUGUACUCGAUGGAUAGCCAGCAACUGGCACUGCCGAGUUCCCUCGGCGGGCACUACGAUAGAGCCGGUGCUGCUGCUGGGCAGCCGCCGCAGUCGCUGAGCGCGGUACGCGAGGACAUCGCCACCUCUCAGUUCCUCAGUGCGAGCGGCGCCCCACAGCAGCAGCCGGGGCAACACCAAGAAUUUCUGCAUGGUGCGCAUCACAUGACAGAGGCCACUGCAUCGCCUACCCGGACUCUCGGCUUCGGUGUGCUGAGCAGUGGUGGCACAGCAGCGACGCAGCAGCAGGUGAGCCCGCAUAACUUCACUAACGCUCCCGGGCGUCCUCCUGGUGGUGGUGGCGGCACCACGCACCACAGGCAGCUGCGGCGUCAGGUGAGCGGAGGUUGGCUGCCAGGGGCGCUUGCUGCGACGAGCGCGGCCUCACCACCCACCUUUGUGAGCACAGAUAGCCCAGGGAGUAUGUUGGGCACCGGCGCUCUCACAGACACCGACACGGUGAGCACGCUGCUGCUGCCCUACAUGGACAUUCCAGCCUGGCGAGGCGGGAUGGCCUGGGCAACCGGCGGCAGCUGUGUUGGCAGCCCUUCAGUACACGUGAAUCCCGGUGGCUUCCGCACCACCGCGGCAGCAGCAGCAGCGACGGCCGCCACCGCCGCGAUGAUGACCAGCUCAGGAACAACUCAGGCCACGCCAUGCACAUCGCUGCCGCCUAAUGUGGUUCGGCUACGUGACCUCGACAUCCUCUCGACGACAGUCGGCGAAGGUGCCUCAGCGAUGGUGUAUGUUGCGAUACACAAGCCUACCGGCCGUCGCCUCGCCGUGAAGCGGCUGGACCUCUCCCCGCUAUGCCUGGGCUGCCCCUCACCGUACCUGCGCAGCGGUGCCGUUUCGAACGCCCGCAUCCACCAGCUUCAGCACAUCGUGGUCCGCGAGCUGCAGGUGCUUCACCUCACUUACCGCAGCCCAUUUAUGGUCAAGGUCUACAAUGCCUUCUUCAUUGCUGAGAUGGCGGCGCUGGACAUCGUGAUGGAGUUUAUGCACUACGGCAGCCUCGCCCACCUCGCCGACUCCUUGCAAAAACACGCGCGGUUGACUCGAGACUCGCAGCAACAGCGGCACCGGCUGCUCACCGACGACGGCGACACUGACAUCGAUGGCGACGGUGAAGGCGGCGGUCAUAGCAGCCGCUGCGGCAGCACAUCCACUGCUCCCUUGCUCUGUGACACCCUCGAGGCUUCGCAGUUUGCCGACGAGCCGCUGAAAGCUACCUUGUCGACCGGCGUCGGAAGGAGCGACACCAGCGGCAGCGAACAGUGUCCGUCUGCGGCGUUCACCUCACCUAAGCUGCUGGACUCCCGGCGUACUUUCUCAGGGCCGAUACCGUCAGUGGCGCUGGUGCCGCGUAAGUUUAGCGUCACCGGCACUAACGGUGGUAGUGAUUCGGAUAGCACAGCAGACGGAAGUGGUGUGUUGAAUCACCACGCGACUCUCAGGUACAGGCACAUCUACGACGCGAAUGAGAGUCUUCCGCUCGACUCAUACUCGGUGGAGAGCAACUACGGCACAGACGACACGGAGUCGGACGACGGUAGCGGUCUCGUCGAGGAACCCUUCGGCGUUACAGAGCGCCUGGUGGCCGUUGUGGGGGAGCAACUGCUGCGCGGUGUCCGUGACAUGCACUCCCGCGGCUACAUCCAUCGCGACAUCAAGCCCGGCAACGUCCUUGUGAAUGAGCACGGCGUCGUGAAGCUCAGCGACUUCGGGCUAUCACAGCGUUGCGACGGCAGCGGCAUUGGUAUCAAGAACCACAUGCUGUCCUAUGUGCCCCCCGCCUCUAUCGCCGCGACGCAGUCUAACACACCGCUACAGUCGCCGGCGAUACAGCCGACAGGCGCACGCGCCCAUCGUACACCGUUCGCCGGGCACGCUCACCGCGGCAGCAUCGGCGCAGCCGCCAGCGGCCCAUUCGGCAGCGGCGUGAUUGGCACGACACCACCCGAGAUGGCGAGCUCCGGAGAGGGGUUGAUGCUCGGCGCCACCAGCAGCCUGCUGGCGCAGCACGAUGGCAUGGAUGUUUUGGAGGCAGAGUCAACCUCGUCGGAGGAGGGCGUGGUCGAGUGGGGCGCUACCGGAAGAGGCAGAGGCGGGCUUAGCCCAUCGUCGUCGUCCUCGUCUGACGGUGCUGAAAACUGCUGUGGUACCCAGAAGUACAUGAGCCCUGAGCGCCAGCGCGGCGAGCCAUACGGCAAGCCAGCUGAUAUCUGGGCCGUUGGCGUCACGCUCGCCGAGUUCGCGGUGGGCGAACACCCCUAUGACCUCGAGGACGUCAUCGACGAGUUCGACCGCGUGUCGCGGAUGGAGAAGCCGGUGGAUGUGCUGAAGUUCAACAGGCACCGGGCGGUACCGCUGGGCACCGUCUUCGCAGAUUUCUGCCGACUGGCCACAUUGCCGACGGCUUCGCAGCGGCCGACGGCGCAGGAACUGCUUGAGCACCCCUUCUUCAAACAGUGGCACCGUCCGUUCAACCUCAAGGACUACCUCGCUGCCCGCGUGCCCGUGCCGUCGAACCAGCUGAAGGAGGACUACCUCGCGAAGCAGUGCAAGCCCUCUCAGGAGUGGCCACAGCCAACCAGGUGGUCAAGCUAA